AAUAUUCAAAAGAAUAUGAUCCGACAGACAAAAUAAAGAAUUAGGGUUUAGGGUUUUGGCUCCUUUGUAUCCCAUUCUAUCAGAAGAGCUGAAUUUGAACGCAACACCGUAAACAGUAAACAAUGCCGCGAACUACCACCAUAGAGUGCCCUGGUUGCCCUCCGAUUCGAGCACUAACUUUUGACGCACUUGGUUUCAUUAAAGUAAUUGAAUCUCGUGAUGACCGAAGAAUCCCUCAGGUGGUGGAGAGAUGGGGCAGUACAGACGCCUCAAAGUGCGUGCUUGCUGUUUCUAUGGAUGACAGUAAAAGAGACCCUUUAUUAGCUGUUGCAAGAAAAAGUGGCGAGAUCGAACUACUAAAUCCACUUAAUGGGGACACUAACAUUUCAAUUUCUAGUGUUGGUGAUGCUGGCGUUCAACUUGAGGAUGAUGAUGUUAUUGGUUUACAUUUAUUCAAAACACAAAGAUUAUCUGGGUUGGUAAUCUUUAGGUCAUGCACUUUGCUUACAUGUACAGCAAAAGGACAUACAAGCAUGAAAUCCAUUGAAGUUAACAGUUGGACUGCAGAUAAUGCUAGCACUAAUGCCUCUAGGACAUGGAAAGUUUGUGCUUCUGGUAAUAUUUCAUGUUCUAAAGUGGAUGGAAGUGAAAACUAUGCUUUAUUUGGAGGGAAAGGUGUGGAAGUCAAUCUAUGGGAUCUUGAGAAGUGUACUAAGAUAUGGACUGCAAAAGCUCCUCCUAAAAACAGCCUUGGUAUUUUUACUCCCACGUGGUUUACAUCUGCAACAUUCCUGAAUAAUGUUGAUCACCGUAAAUUUGUGGCUGGUACCAACAACCAUGAGGUUCGUCUUUAUGAUACUUCUGCCCAGCGCAGACCUGUAAUUUCAUUCGAUUUCCGUGAGACCCCGAUUAAGGCUGUCACUGAAGAUCAAGAUGGCCACACAAUCUAUAUAGGGAACGGGUCUGGCGAUCUUGCUUCCGUUGACAUACGCACAGGGAAAUUGUUAGGAUGCUUUUUGGGGAAGUGUUCUGGAAGCAUCAGAUCCAUUGCCAGGCAUCCUGAGCUCCCCGUGAUAGGAUCUUGCGGUCUGGAUAGCUAUUUGCGCUUGUGGGAUAUAAAGACACGACAACUUCUUUCUGCGGUUUUCCUGAAGCAACACCUUACAAAUGUUGUCUUUGAUUCCAAUUUUACCGAGAGAGAGGUUACAUUGAAAGCACAAAAUUUGAGUGAGAUCCAAAACGAAGAUGAGAUGGGAACACUGCCAGUGAAAAGAAAGAAAAAAUCUAAAGAGAAAGGCAAGCGCAAAAAGAAGACAUCUGAAGAAAAUGAUGGAAGCAAGAGGUUGAAAGCAAGAGGCUGAAAUCUAAGGAAAACAGCUGAUGAACGAAAUUAAGGUUUUCAUUAUUCCUGAUUACCCGCUGAUACUCUUUAAUCAUGAAGGAGUUGGAGCAUACAUUGUGAUUAUACUGCAUAGUAGUAGAAGCACAGAAGCUGUGCUGACGCGACAUUUUUGCUAAGUGAAGUGGCAGAUGGACACAAUUUUUGUUUUCUUUUUACCUUUUUGUUUUUAGAUCUCCAGUUAUGGUUAGAUGAUUAAAAGUAGGUAAAAGAAAACAAAGUGGUUUUUCUUCCUGCUUUGGUUAUUGGUUAUCUUUACAGCUAACUGUGGAAAGGACCGAAAAAAAAGGUUAAUGUCAAUUAAUCAACCAUUUGUUUUGCCACAACACAUUAAGGGUUUCAUUAUCAUCAAAAAUCAGCUGCAACUGAUGCAGGAAAAGAUAAGAACUUGAUGCAAAUUCCCAAAGAUAACCAAUAAUGUAGUCAGUUGUGGUGUAAACUUUCAUUGCUAGUUACAACUGUGAUUGCACUUGUAAGUUCGAUUAUCAUUUCAAAAAAUAAAUCCGUACAAUUAGUUCUU